AUGGCUGACGACAUAUCAGCCAGUGAACGCACUCACCUCUUACAAGGGAGACUUUUUGACGGAAAUCUGGAUUCUAUACAUGAUGAAGAGGCGCAUUCUAUAAAGAUUUCCCAUGUUUCGAAAGAAGAGGCAGCUUUGGCCGGUAGCACCGUGGGCGAGCGCUUACCAUAUAAUGACUAUACCACCAUUGACUGGUUGCACGAUUUGGUCAAAGACUCCUACAGAUGGCGCACAAUCCAUUUGCGAAAAGGACUCCGAGCCUCGAUGUAUUCCACGUUCGAUUCGUGCUCGAGCUGGAUAGCUGUAGCAAUAAUGGGCAUAUGCACAGCGAUAGUAGCUUGGAUUGUUGAUGUUGCCGUGGCGACAGUCUCUGACUGGAAAUUGGGAUACUGUGCCAGAAAUCCCCUUCUUAGUAGGGAGAAUUGCUGUAGCUUCGCAUCAAACCUCGCUGAGUGCAAUGGAUACUUUGUUGAAUGGACAGGAAACUAUUCGAAAAAAUAUGCCGUGUACGUGGCAUUCGCACUAGUGUUUGGCAUCAUUAGCUCGAGUGCGACUAUGCUGACCAAGGCAUCGUUGCCCGCUGUGACCGUCAGCGUGGAAGACAAUACGAAUGACAUCGACCGGAGUUCAUCCAAAAAAGCAGUUGGUAAAACGAUGUAUAUGGCGGCAGGCUCUGGAAUUCCUGAAAUAAAAACGAUCCUUUCAGGAUUCGUAAUUCCAAAUUUCCUCGACUUUAAAGUCCUGGCAGUUAAAGGUUUUGGCGCAGUCUUCGCCGUUGCCACUGGCAUGUGCCUAGGCAAAGAAGGACCCUUCGUCCACAUAUCGACUUGUGUCGGCUAUCUCGUCGCAAAACAGUUUCCGAAAUAUAGGAAUAAUGGCAGGAAAUUGCGUGAAAUGCUUACAGCUGCAUGCGCUGCUGGCCUCAGCGUUGCUUUUGGGGCGCCAAUUGGGGGGGUACUAUUCAGCUAUGAAGAAAUCAGUACAUAUUUUCCACGACCCGUGCUGUGGCAUGCGUUUCUCUGCUCCCUCUUCGCCGCAGUGGUUCUUAAAGCGCUCAAUCCGACUGGGACUGGAAAGCUAGUGUUAUUCGAAACUGACUACGGUACCUCAUACCAGGCAAUACACUAUCUAAUUUUCAUUCUCCUUGGGAUAGUGGGAGGUAUAUUUGGAGGGAUUUUCUGUAAAGUCAACUUUCUCUGGUCAAAGUGGUUCCGAAAAUAUCAUAUUAUCAAAGCUUACCCAGUAUUCGAGGUCGCCAUCAUCGUACUAGUCACCGCGCUAGUCCAAUUCCCCAACAUUCUCAUCCGCGAUCCUGGAGACACGACCAUCAAGAUGUUAUUGGUAGAUUGCAAGGGUGAAGAGCUGGAUAAUUGGGUUUGUCAACAGGAAGCCAUGGAUGAUAAAGGGCCGUAUAUUGGAUGGCUGAUCUAUGGUUGCGUUGCAAAACUCCUCCUUACCAUAAUCACGUUUGGCAUUAAAGUUCCCAGUGGUGUUAUCAUUCCAGCACUAGAUGCCGGCGCUCUGUUUGGGCGAAUCAUUGGACAAGCGAUUCCUGGCAUCUCUCCUGGAAUAUUUGCCAUGGUUGGUGCUGGGGCCUUCCUUGGUGGAGUUUCACGGAUGACCAUUUCGCUUUGUGUCAUAAUGUUUGAGCUCACAGGCGAAAUUGAAUAUAUCGUUCCACACAUGAUUGCUAUCCUCACUGCAAAAUGGGUUGCAGACGCGCUAAGCAAAGAAGGCGUCUAUGACUUAGCGCAAACUGUUCUCGGACACCCUUUUCUCGAUGUUGAUCAUGCUAUGCAAUCAGUUCGACGACGUAAAGCGCUUGCCGCCGAGCUUAUCCCCCCAGCACAGACAAUGGCAGAAAUCACAGUUUCGAUUCCACCGAGCAACAAGGUUCCACGCAAGCUAUUAGAAAAAAAGCUCGCACAGCUUCAUCGUCGUGGUCUUAUGGAUGCGGGCCUCGUUCUCGUUCAAAAUGGUGGUAUACUGCAAGGUUACAUAGCAGAAGGCGAGCUGGAGUUUGGCCUGAAUGAAAUUGGUAAAAUUUACCCCGAUGAUGCGGAUGUCAGACUCCUGGGCGAUCCAGACGAAGGCGACUUCGACUUAAGUAUGUUUGUGGAUCGUACCCCUGUCACCAUAUGUGAAAAUGCGCCCAUGGAAUAUGCAGUGGAGAUGUUUGGAAAACUUGGACUGAGGCAUAUUUGCAUACUUGAGGAGGGAACAAGCAAGCUUGUUGGUGUAGUUAUCAAGAAAAGAAUAGUGGCAUAUCUCGAGAGUAUUGCUGCUGAGCAUUGAAUUUGAAGAGCAGCAGUAUCAUAUAAUGUGAGCAC